AUGAUUCUGGCGUCCUGGCCCAUCCCAGGGGACGAACACGGGGUUCGGGGGUUCCCCAUCCUGCUCAUACUGUACCAGUACCCCACCACCACCCCUGUCCUGCUAGUACCAGUACCUCAUCCUCACCCCUGUCCUGCUAGUACCAGUACCUCACCAUCACCCCUGACCUGCUACUACCAGUACCUCACCAUCACUCCUGUCCUGCUAGUACCUCACCAUCACCCCUGUCCUGCUAGUACCAGUAUCUCACCACCACCCCUGUCCUGCUACUACCAUUACCGCACCACCACCCCUGUCCUCCUAGUACCAGUACCUCACCACCACCCCUGCCCUGCUAGUACCAGUACCUCACCAUCACCCCUGACCUGCUACUACCAGUACCUCACCAUCACUCCUGUCCUACUAGUACCAUACCUCACCAUCACUCCUGUCCUGCUAGUACCAGUACCUCACCAUCACCCCUGUCCUGCUAGUACCUCACCAUCACCCCUGUCCUGCUACUACCAGUACCUCACCAUCACCCCUGGCCUGCUACUACCAGUACCUCACCAUCACUCCUGUCCUGCUAGUACCAGUACCUCACCAUCACCCCUGUCCUGCCAGUACCCUUACCUCACCAUCACCCCUGUCCUGCUAUACCAGUAUCUCACCCCUGACCUGCUAGAACCAGUAUCUCCCCCUGACCUGCUAGUACCAGUAUCUCCCCCUGACCUGCUAGAACCAUACCAGUACCUCACCAUCACCCCUGUCCUGCUAGUACCAGUAUCUCCCCCUGUCCUGCUAGAACCAGUAUCUCCCCCUGACCUGCUAGAACCAUACCAGUAUCUCACCCCUGACCUGCUAGAACCAGUAUCUCCCCCUGACCUGCUAGAACCAGUAUCUCCCCCUGACCUGCUAGUACCAGUAUCUCCCCCUGACCUGCUAGAACCAGUAUCUCCCCCUGACCUGCUAGUACCAGUAUCUCCCCCUGACCUGCUAGUACCAGUAUCUCCCCCCUGA